AUGGACAUAGAUCAUCGCCAAGAAGAUAUACAAAAAGAAGAAGAGGAGGAGGAGCAAGAUCCUUUCCUCAAAUUUGUCGAUUACGUAAAAUCAGAGCUAUUAGCAUUGGAAGAAGAUUCAAAUGGAGGCAGUGAAGGUACCGUUGGAUUUGGAUGGAGCUGGAUCGUAUCUCGUAUUCUCAAGACUUGCAUUGCUUAUUCAAGCGGUGUCACACCUGCGAUAUUGCUCUCUGAACUCUCUCAGGCGUGGAGUGAACAGCGCAGGGUGGGAGCUCCGAAGAAGAGGCUCGAAUUGAUUAACCAUCUCAAGAAGGAUUAUCGGCGGAUGAAGCUUCCAAACGUUGUUACCAUUGAUUCCAUAUACGAGAAAAACUUCCUGUCCUUGAGCAGUGUUCUGGAAGUUGUUAUUAUCGAUGCAUUUGUGCUCCCAGGCACAAACAUCCACAUGCUUACAUUAGGGGAUUAUUGGAGCUCCAAUAUCAUAGAUCUCUAUCUACACCGCAGAUUCUAUAACUUGGCCGGCAUGCAGAAUGGAGUUCUGAAGCGAGGGAGGGAGAUUUUUCUUACUGGUUGCUACCUCCGAAGCGCCAGUCAAGGUUCUGGUCAUCCUCGUCUUUUGCCAACGGAGUAUCUUGUGAUUGUAUUGGAUGAGAAUCAGGAUGAUGAUGCAAUGCUACUUAGAGCUCACUUCUGUUCAGAUUCUUUCUCUUCAAUUUCUCUUAAUGCGGUGAACCAAGGGGCUGCAUAUUCACUUUAUGCCAGGAUUGAAAGGAUUGAAUCUGAGGAAAUUCUAAGGAGGUUUGGAAGCUUACAAAGAAAACAGAUUACUCUUGUUGACGGUGAUGGUGUCAUAUUAAAUUUUUUCUUGUGGGGUGAGCAGACUCUCCUUGCCAAUCUUCUCAGUGUGGGAAGCAUGCUUGCCCUGGACAAGCCAUACGUUGCAAGUUCCGUGGAGUGUGAUAUUAAAACAAGUGAGGAUUUUUGUCUUGAAUAUGGAAGCGAAACACAAUUAUAUUUGGUGCCUUAUAUUCAACAUGAAGAACAGGUGUGCGUAACAUUGACACCAAAUCGCCGUCAGGGUUCACGGCCCUUGGGUUCGUAUAAUCCCAGUCAGGAACUUCGGUUGUCUCAAGUGAGCUUGCCUCGUGAUUCACAGGGGACCAUUGAUUUCAGUAAUUACCCUUUUCGGUCAUAUGUGGUCGAUCUUCGGAACAAGAUGACUGGCAUCAGUCUCUAUGGUGUUGUUACAGAUAUUAUCAAAGAAGAUAAUGACCAAGAAACUGUUUUCUGUUUAAACAUAACGGAUACGAGCGGAGAAAUUCGGGCAAAGCUCCAUUUUGCCAGAUCUUGGUCAUUGGGAAGAGUGAGUCUCGGUCACACUGUUUUCAUUUCUGGCUUGACAUGCACCAUGUCGAAACAAAAGGGUCUGGAAGCAUCAUGGUUUGAGACUGGUACUGGGGCUUCUUUCAUCAAUCUCAGUUGUUUACCAGCAUUAAUCAACUCCUCUUGCCUUCACAAGCUAUCGCAACUCUCUGAUAUUUCUAGUCAGACUAGCUAUGCUCAAAUAUGUCGAGUCUGGCUUGAUCCCAUUGCGUAUUAUUACGUUAAUACAAGAUUUUCACAUUCUCUCUGUGGUCACUUUGUCAACAAGAUGUCUGGUAGAUUGGUGGAAUGCAGCUUUUGUCGAACAAUUUCUGAUGCUGAGGUAGUACGCACUUUCCACCUGAAAAUUACUCUUGCAGAUAAGAGCACGAAAGUUUUAGCGUGGUGUACUGGUCAAACUGCUAUGGAUUUGUUGCAGAUAUCUCCUGAUGAUUUUUAUGAUCUUCCAGAGGAAGAACAAUUAAUAUAUCCGUCGUCGUUAGAAAAUGAGAGGUUUAUGGUGGCAUUAGUAAAUUGUAAGCGAGACGGUUGUGUGAUAGAUGGCCUUUCGCCAGACGAUUUAAUUUCGUGGGAAAUCACACGAGCGUACAAAUGUGGAUAACUGUUGAAUGCACAUGGAAGAGUUUUUUGGCUGUAUAAAAGAAGUGGGAGCUGGGUUUGCAGAGUUUUUAAUCGCACUAUUCCUUCCAGUGUUAUAUUAUUAAUGGAAGCCUGGUAGUUAUUUCUAUCCUUAUAAUCGACGGCAUCCACUGCUCAAGGUGAUUCACCAAGAGUCAUCCAUUUUUGAGAACGCCAAGCAGCAUUAUACCAAAGGAAUACAAGGAUCAAUAAUUUAGCCUUUUGAGUGCUUCGAAAAAAAAAUAAUCAUCCACAAUGUAAUGGAAAGUAUGUGCAGAGAAAAACAUUGUACUUAUAUAUAUUAAUUUUUUUAACUAUAAUUAUUAAAAACAUUUAAUGUUGCAAAUAAUUAUAAUUAGAGUUUUUCAUAAGUUAAUUUUUCAAAUCAAUCAAAAAAUAUUUUUUUCUUCUAACUUUUUAGUUGUUUUCAAAACUGUUAUUUUAAAUAAGCGAUUUUUGAGGAAAACAAUUGAAACGGACAAGCUUUAUGACUUCUUCACAAAACAAGUCUAAUAUCAAGCAUCUAUUUAAAAUUAUUGUAUUGUAAUAUUUGUCUUACUGUUUUAUACAGGCACAUUUCCUUCCAUUUGGAUUCGGAACGUACAUUUUAAAUUAUCCGUCAUUAAAGAACUUUCACAUUGGAUAGAAAUAACAAAGUUUGAAGUGGUGUGUAUGCAUUAAAUGAUCUUUUCCUAUUUUUUUUCCCAAGACAAUGAACUGUGAGAAUUCGAAUGACAAUCACGUAACCAUCUAGCAUGGGAUCACAGAACCUUUUUCAUCCUAAUUUGAUUAAACGUCACAUAAGGAUCAUAAAAUUUCACAAAUGACCAGCGGCGA